AUGAUCCGUCAACUGGGGAUUUUCCUCGUCAUUAGCGUGGCCUCUGUGCAUGCCGUCACAAAUUGUACCACCUGUCCAGCUGGCGGUGUCUGUGGAAACUACUCUCGAUCGGAACCUUGUGGAGACUCGCCUUGCCCUUUUCCGAGGGACACCUGCAAGAGUCCGUAUGUAAAGUAUCCGAAUCAAGUGCUGAAGAGAUACGUCUGUGGAAACAUCACAAAUAGUCCUGAAACUGGUGACUACGUGGCCCCAAAUUGUACAGUCAAUAACCAAGCUAGUUUUACUUUAAUUUGCGCUACUUUUUACAAUCCAUUUAGUGGAGCAUCUUCUCAAAUGAUUGCUUGUCCAACGACCCCUUGUGAUGGCUCAACUUGUUGCAAUAACGAAACCCUCGUCAUCAACGUUUCGACAAACCAAACUCAAUGUGGGCAACAACUGCCCCCAGAUCCCGUCUAUGCAUUGCCAGCCUGUCCAACGACAACCAUUGCUCCGACUACGACUACAAAAAAGACAACGACCAAAACGACGACCAAACCAACAACGAAAGCCACCACAAAGAAAACUACGAUAAAAACCACUGCCAAGACAACCAUUAAAACCACAAAAAAAGCAACAACGACUACUAAGAAAACCACUACGACUUCGACAACCACUACCACGACCACUACCACGACUACUACAACGACAACUACAACGACAACAACGACAACAACGACAACAACGACAACAACGACAACAACGACAACAACGACAACAGAGCUCGACACAACAGAAGCCCCGACCACCUCGACGACAACAGUCCCACCCACAACGAAAAAAGCAUGCAAUCCGAAUGUGACAAGAGCUUGCCAACAGUGUGGCAGCCUGCCGGCCUUCUUUAAGCCGAAUCCUCUGGCUCCAUAUCCGGUUGGACAAAUGACCUACACCUACUCCAUCAAUGUCACUAACUGUUGCAUGGUGGCCGAUUGGGAUUGCUCGCGAAAUCCAGGAGAUAAUAUGGGCUUUCAAGUGAAUGAUGGGUCUGGAGCCGUUGCACAAGCACAACAAUGUCCAAAUGUGGACUCGACGAAAAAACCGGAAAUGUUUCCGUUUCUUUGCGGGAAUGAUAAAGUCUGGCGCUUUCAUGGGCACACCUUCACCAAUUUUGCGUGUUAUGUUCUUGGAACGGGCGCCUGU